UAGAAAGCAGUUUAUGUAGUACUGCUUCUAUACAUGUCGAGUGCAGCCGGCCUAAUAUAAGUUGAAUUCACAGUAAUUUAAAAAUUAUGGAUGGACCAAACGUAGGCCACAGGCAUCCGGAUGGAUGGCGUGUUGCUUUUGGCUUAAGACAGCGACUUGCAUUCGUAAUGUUUAUCAUUGCCUUGUUGAUCAUGGUACUUCAACCAUCUAUAGAUGCGUAUCGACGAGAAAAGGAACCUAUAAUGCAUCCCUACAAUCUUGCCGCAUAUAAAAAAGUAGCUAACGAAAUAGAGAGCUUCGUAAACCACGCAGUUGAUCCUUGCGAUGACUUCAACUCAUAUCUAUGUGGCAGUUUUCACAACCGUUUGGAGCACGCUUGGGAGAGGGGACCUUUGGCCAAAUUGAAAUAUGAUAUGGAUGUUUCGCUGAGAAACAUCGUUACUAAACCCAUGAGUUUGGAGGAAGAGGGCAAGUUGUGCAAGAGCGCAAUAACGCAAAGAAGAUACUACAUUUACUGUGCGGAUGCCAGUAUAAUCAACCAUUCACGUGAUGCCGAUUUCCUCACACAAAUUCAAUACAUUCUUGGUGGGUUUCCAUUCAUGGACAAUGUAACCAGCAAUGAGAAUUGGCUGACUGUCACCUUACGUGCUUUCAAAAGCGGCUUUUUUUACAAGUUUUUUAUGGGCUUUUCCACUGUUUACGACAAAAAGCAAGAAAGAUAUCUAUUAACCCUCAAUCGAAUUCCGAUCCAAGAUUUGCAACGAAUAUGGCUCUUCUUCCAGCAAGAUAAUAUUCAGAAAUUCCUGAAAGCUUUAAAAGACGUAUGGUUAAUUGAUAUCGAUAACGCAACAGGACUUAGUUACGAUCUGAGCAAAUUUUACGAGGACGUGCUAAAAACUUAUCAACCAGUUAUGGAUACGCGCCCUAAUUAUCUCCCAAUUAUUAAUUAUCCCUUACUGCUACACCUUGACCCCGAUAAGUCCCACCAGCUUGAUUGGAAAUCAUUUUUGACUGAAUUAACGGGAAUCUAUUUUGAAUUUACAACCCCUAUAGUCAACCGUUACGGCGACUACCCAAAAUUUAUCCAACUCUUCACUCUACUUAAUGUAAAAAAUCACCGACUUUGGCGAAUGUUUAUAGUUAUUGUCUUGAUUGCCGAACAUUGCGAAUAUUUGUCGGAGGGUAUGUUGACUGUUUGUUAUCCUAUAAAAGUUUACGCCGAGCUACCAGCACGAUUGAUAAAUGGGACAAUGGAUGCAGAUGAAUACCUUAAAUGGCGAGCGAACUUUUGUUACAGAGAAGCCAUAAGUUUAUUUCCCUAUAUCGCAGAACGCGAGUACAUUGUUAAAACUGUAUCAAAUCAAACCAGACGUGAUGUGCAAGUAUUGACGAACAAUAUUGUAACUGCAAUGGUCAACAGGCUUUAUCAAGAAAAAUACUUGAACGGCACCGUUGACGUUCAUUUUCAGACUUGGAUAAAUAAUAUUACAAUAAGUGUUGGAUGGGACGACAUAGUUUUCCAAACAACUUUAUUCGAGAGAGUUUACGGAAUUCACACGAAAGCUGUGGGCCAGAACAUCAUGGCUACGCGCAGGAACAUAUUUAGACUACAAGCUCACGAGGAAUUUAAAAACCUUCCCGUAGAAUACGACGGUAAACAACCUGAGAAACCAGAAGAAUUCAAGAAACCAAUUAAAUUGUCAGUCGACGCGUAUUAUGAAACAGGCACUAACAAUAUUGUUCUGUCGGCUGCAAUGUUGAGGCCUCCCAUUUACGGUUGGGGCGUUCCCACAUACUUGAACUACGCAUCGUUAGGACCCAUAAUAGCAAGCGUGCUGAUCAAAAUGUUGGGAGAAGCCCAUAUGAAUAGAAGGUGGAGCAGAUUUUCUGACUAUAGAGCUUGGAUAACUAAACUGUCCAACAGCCGGUCCAUAGACUCGAAAUGUGUGACAAAUACAUUUUACAAUUAUCCCCGUGAUCCGCUGGCUAAGCGGCUCACCCCGUUGCCUCCCAGUGAGAUUAUCGGCAAUGUAUUGGCUGAUUUUCACGGUACGCUUGUGGCUCUUGAUGCCUAUCAAACAGAAAUAGAAGCAGAAGAAGCAGCAAAGACAAUGGACCGUGCAUCUCAAAUAACUGAUAUAACGGGAUAUGGUAGUGCUCACCUGUUCUGGAUUCUAUCCAGCCUUUACCAGUGCAAAGAUCUGCAGUACGAAUUAACUGGAAAUGUCAAUGAUGUCUACGCGGAAAAUUCUUACCAAUAUAGAGCAAUUCCCAGUUUUAAAAUAAAUGGUCCCAGAAUGAAUUCAGCUAAUUUUGCCAAGGCCUUUGAGUGUCUUCCAAGUCGAAGGAUGGCAUCCGUGAAAAGAUGUGAUUUUUGAUGCUUUAUAAAAUUUAUUUAUUUUCCCAUGCAGUAUACUAUGUGUAUUUGUUAUGUCCAUGGAUUUGCGCAAAAUGUUUAAUGUCAUGAUAAAUGUAUUGUGUAACAUUCGAUGUUUACGUUGACAAAAUAUUAAUAUUAACAUUUUAUAAUCUGAUUAUAACAUUGUUAAUUUUUAAGUGCGCAUUUCUACUGUAUUUUUUUCGGAAAUUUUAAUAAAAUUUUUACUGAUG